AGACACACACACACACACACACACACACACACACACACAAAGCCCGUGUUUCAUCAAGGUUGAAAGAGUUCAGGAAGAGACUCCAGCACAAGCAGGUGUCUCCUUCUUGGCGGCAGAGAUAUAAGGAGCCAGGCCGGGCAGUGGCAGUGGCGCGAUGGGGCCCCUCCGGGAGACUAAGAAGGUGCACAGAGUGCAGCAUCAUGAGAAGGAGAUUUCUCGAAGCCGAAUUCCCCGUUUGAUCCUUCGGCCUCACCUGCCCCAGCAACAGCAGAAAAUAUCUCCAGCAUCUGAAUCUCCCUUCUCUGAGGAGGAGAGCAGAGAAUUCAAUCCUAGCAGCUCUGGGCGAUCAGCAAGGACCAUCAGCAGCAACAGCUUCUGCUCAGAUGACACUGGAUGCCCAAGUAGCCAGUCAGUAUCUCCUGUAAAGACUCCUUCAGAUACUGGAAACAGUCCAGUCAGCUUUUGUCCUGGAAGUGAUGAAGAUUUUACCAGAAAGAAAUUUAAUAUUGGAAUGGUUGUUGAAGGAAAUACCCAGUCAUCCCGCUAUAAGAAGGAACCAAAAACCUGUCUCACCAAGCCGGGUAGCGAGGCUGACUUUAGCUCUUCAGGCAGCACUGGCAGCAUCUCAGCUCCAGAGGUCCAUAUGUCCUCCUCCACUGCUGGAAACAAGCGAGCCUCUUUCCCACGCAACCGUGGUCCCCAUGGACGGAACAAUGGAUCUUCAUCUUACAAGUCUGGCAACAGCCCACCUUCACGUGAAAAAGAUCUUCUGUCUAUGUUGUGUAGGAAUCAGCAGAGCCCUAUUAACGUCCAUCCAAAUUAUGGGCCUUCGUCUCCCAGUAGCAGUAACUCUGGCUCAUAUAAAGGAAGUGAUAGCAGUCCGAUCAUGAGGCGGCCUGGGAGGUAUAUGUCUUGUGGUGAAAAUCAUGGUGUUAAACCCCCAAACCCAGAACAAUAUUUGACUCCCCUGCAGCAGAAAGAAGUUACAGUGAGACACCUGAAAACCAAAUUGAAAGAAUCUGAAAGCCGACUGCAAGAGAGGGAAACAGAAAUUGCAGAGCUCAAAUCUCAAUUGGCCCGUAUGCGAGAAGACUGGAUUGAAGAGGAGUGUCAUCGGGUGGAAGCUCAACUGGCCUUAAAGGAGGCAAGAAAAGAAAUUAAGCAACUGAAGCAGGUCAUUGAGACCAUGAGGAGCAGUCUGGCUGAUAAAGACAAGGGAAUACAGAAGUACUUUGUAGACAUAAACAUCCAAAAUAAGAAACUGGAAUCCUUACUUCAGAGUAUGGAAAUGGCCCAAAAUGGAUCUCUGCGGGAUGAACAAUGUCUAGAUUAUCUCUGUGAUUCCCCAGAGAAAAGUUUACCUCCCAGCACUGCAUAUGGCAAAUUGGCAGAUGCACAAGCUUUGGAAGACCAAACCGUAGAGGAAGGAACUGAGAAUGAGUUACUGGCCAUUGAAAGCAUGGAGAAUAGCACCGAUUUGUUUGAAGAGGUUAUGAUGGCCACUACUACUGAGGCUGGUGAUUUAUCCCUCUUACAAUCCACAUCCAUUUCCUCUCCACUUAAAACAAAGGCAUUUGAAAUGGCCCCAGACAGUCAGGAGGAAGGCAGUGAGGUGACAGAACAGGCCAUUCAGACUGAUGUGGUGCCAUAUAGUCCUGAUGUAGAACAGCUCAUUCAGAAUAUGCUUAAGUUGCAAGACCCCCGUCCCUCAAGCCCAUCAUCCCUCGAUGAGUCUGAGGCUGACCUGAUAGAAAGUUUCCCGGAGGUCACAUCUGCUUUAAUGGUUGAUCUCACACCAAGCGACCCGAACUCUGCCAUUCUUUUGUCUCCUAUGGAGACACCAUACAGCAAGAUGGAAUUUGGAAAUCAUGAAAACCGAGUCAUGAGAGAACUGGAUUUCACGGCCUCCCCUGAAGAAAGGUUUGGCAAUGUCAUUCAUCUCUCUCAGGCAGGAAUCGUGAAGCAGUACUGGAGCAACAAUUUCCUGGUAGAUCUUUUGGCCGUAGCAGCCCCUAUCAUCCCCACGGUCAUGUGGGCAUUUAGUACUCAAAGAGGUGGUAUUGAUCCAGUCUAUAAUAUUGGAGCAUUACUCCGGGGCUGUUGUCUGGUUGCCCUGCAUUCUCUCCGCCGAACCCCGUUCCAUAUUCAAACCUAAACAGAGGUUGCCAUCAUCUUGUAUCAGUUUGUUUUGUGUGGUGUUGUGCCAGGUAGAAGAGUAGCAUCUCUUGUGAUGCUCUGUCCAAGAAUGUGUCUUAUCUAAUGACAGUCUCUGUCCUGUCGUUUGCUUCUUGGUAUUUGAUUUGCACUAUAUAUAGUUGAAUGCCUAUUCACUGUUUAAAACCGGAGGUAUCUUCAAAAGGCAUGGAGACCUGACGCGGUUUAAGUCUAUGUCCCUUAACUGUGGUAUGGAAAGCAUGCUAAUGAUCCUGCGGUGUUGUCUGAAGUACCAGUUCUUAUACUAGUGGUUCAGGAAGAGGAAAAAUAAAGGUUUGCACUUUCAAGGCAGCUUACAUAAGGCUGGCAUGUGUCUCCUCGCUUUGCUUUGUGCCGUUUUAAAGUGUGUGAUUGUCCCAGCAUUUCAAUGGUCUUGUGGCAUAGCAGGGGAUUGUAACCAAAAAUAAAAAUGCAUUCUUGUAAUUGGUUUGGAGAAGUCUUGAUAGCUCUUUUGGUGUUUUACUUAGAUAUGAAAAGGUAUGAGUGUUGGACAAAAUUUAUAUUAAAUGUAGUUCCAGAGUCUUAAAUAAACUGUUUGUUCUUAAUUGUUAAUUAAUGAAGUUGUAUUCAAGUUUACCAUGUAUUAACUUAUUUUUUGCUUAUUAUAUAUAGUGUUUUAUUGGAAAUUAUGUUUGUAAUCACAAAUUAAAAGCAUGUUGAAAAUGCAA